UGCUGCUCAAACCCUUCUGAAUCAUUCAUUAGGUGUGGAUGGACUUUUAAGAGAAGGGUUUGAGGUUGAAUGGGAAGUAGAGGAGGAAGAAGAAUGCGGAGAAUGCGUUGAAUCUGGAGGUGGAUGUGGAUAGGAUUGGAACUUGAACAUACCUAUUUGUUAUUGCCGGGACAAACCUUACUCAACAAGCUGUCCAGAUCAAGAUUCAAGCAUGUAUCCUCCUUCUCCCCAUGAUUUCUAUGUCAAUUUCUUCCUUCUUGGUGCGUUGGAAUGUGAUUGGGUAGUCAGAAUUUGGGGACGACUGGUUCAAGUUCAGAUAUUUGAGUUGAUUAUAGAGUGAAGAGUGUGAAUGCUGAGAUUCUUAAAUUCUAAACCUGGAACCAUUUGAGAGAGUAGGUUAAGAAAGGUGGUCGGUAGAAAGUUUGGAUAAGCAACAGUGAUUGGAGAGGGAAUGAAAAGUCUUUGUUUAAGUCAAGUCUUCCAUGAGGAAAGUGUAAUCAUCGAUUAAACGUGUAUAGACUUCGGGGUAUUUGUUUACCCAGUCAAUGACUCAUUGCAUAUAUUCUAUAGAGUAACGGAAAUUUGAAUGAAAGAAGAAUAUGGGGCCGCAUUUCACUUUCAAUCUUUUUUUCCUCUCUUUGUGUCUAUAUAUCCCCUCUCAUUCAUUGAUUUGCUCAUGGUAUGUGUGAUUUUCCCACCAGUUCAACUUCAUCCUUCCUCCCAAUGCAUCCCAAUUUUUCCCAAUCUUCCCUUCUCUUCUUCCUCAUCCUCUUCCUCCUCUCCCAUCACUUUCCAUGCUCUCUAUGCCUUGACGAUUUUCACUAUUCAAACUGCAAUUCUCCGUUUGAGUUUGAGUGCGGGCAUGAAUUGGGCAAAAUUGAGUACCCUUUCUGGGUGUAUGGUCAUCAAGCUGACUAUUGUGGUCAUCCUUUGUUCAAGCUCUACUGCGAAGACGAACAUGCCAUCAUAGAGAUCAAGUCCCGAAAAUACAAAGUCCUUAAAAUCAAUCCUGAAUCUCAAAUCCUACAGAUUGUUACAAUGGAUGUAUUGCCCAAAGAGCAUAUUGUUUGUCCUCAAUCGCGGCUCAUGGAUUCAACUCCCUUCAACUAUACUCCGUAUGUUGAAAUGGUGGCUGUGACUCUGACUUACAGUUGUUCCUCCAUUGGUGAUCAUCCUGGAGCUUACCACUUCUCUUGCACGAUGAAUAACCGUCUUCACGAGGCUUACCUAGCAACAAACUUAUCUGUGGCAAAGGAACUUCGAAGCAGAUGCGAAUCUGGUGUUAUUAUUCCUCAAUUUCCAGUUCUUGUGCCGGAGUUAGAAGGGCUGCUGAAUGGUUCAUCAGAUGAUGUGGAGGAGGUUCUGAGAGAAGGAUUUGAGGUUCAAUGGACAGCAGACAACGCAAUAUGCAAAGAAUGCCUUCGCUCUGGGGGAAGGUGUGGAUACAACACUACGUCGAAAAAAUCAUGCUGCUUUUGUCGCGACAAACCUUAUCCAAAUAAAUGUUCAACGUCUGAGACCAUCUCAAAGAAAAUCAUAAUCGUCAUUGCUGCAGGAGGAGCUGGGACAUUAUUCGCUAGCAUUCUGAUAAUCUUCUACUUCAAAAGAAAACUAUCAAAACAUAUACUAAUGUUCAUUUGGAGAAAGAGAUCUAAUGCUGAUCAAAACAUUGAGGAAUUUGUUAGGAAUUAUGGAUCUCAUGCUCCAAAGAGGUACAAUUAUUCAGAUGUUAAGAAAAUGACUAAUUCAUUCAAGGAUAAAUUAGGCCAAGGAGGCUAUGGUGGCGUUUACAAAGGAAAGUUAGGUGAUGGCCAACCUGUUGCAGUCAAAAUCCUCAACACAUCUAAAGGGAAUGGAGAGGAUUUCAUUAACGAAGUUGCAAGCAUUAGUAGGACUUCUCAUGUCAAUAUUGUCAACCUUUUGGGGUUUUGUUUUGAGGGUGGCAAAAAAGCUCUCAUAUAUGAAUUUAUGAGCAAUGGGUCUCUUGAAAACUUCUUAUGUAGUGAAAGUCCUUUGAAAGCCAAUAAAAACUUGGGAUGGGAGAAGUUGUACCAAAUCACAAUUGGGAUAGCUAGAGGACUUGAGUACUUGCACUGUGGAUGCAGAACAAGGAUAUUGCAUUUUGAUGUGAAACCUCACAACAUCCUUCUAGACCAAGACUUUUGCCCCAAAAUCUCUGAUUUUGGGCUUGCUAAAUUAUGCUCACCAAAAGAGAGUACUGUAUCAAUGUCAGUAGCUAGAGGAACUAUUGGGUAUGUCGCUCCAGAAGUAUUCUCUAGAAAUUUUGGCCGAGUCUCACACAAAUCAGACGUCUAUAGCUAUGGAAUGAUGGUUCUAGAAAUGGUUGGAGGAAGACAAAACCCCAAUGGUACAGUUGAUCACACCAGCGACACAUAUUUUCCACAUUGGAUUUAUAAGAAUCUCGAGCGACAAGAAGAUCUAGGAUUAGAGGACAUUGAGAACAAAGAGGAAAAUGAAAUUACAAGGAAGAUGAUACUAGUGGGUUUGUGGUGCAUACAAACAAAUCCAGCGAACAGGCCUUGCAUGAGUAAGGUGAUUGAAAUGUUGGAAGGAAGCACAGAAGCCUUGCAGAUCCCACCAAAGCCUUUCCUAUCUUCUCCUCCAAGGUUUCCAAAAGACUGUUCAUCCUUUAAAUCAACACUAUCACAAUAUUCAACUUCAUACUUCCUCCCAAUGCAUCCCAAUUUUUCCCAAUCUUCCCUUCUCUUCUCCCUCAUCCUCUUCCUCCUCUCCCAUCACUUCCCAUGCUCUCUAUGCCUUGACGAUUUUCACUAUUCAAACUGCACUUCUCCGUUUGAGUUUGAGUGCGGGUAUGAAUUGGGCAAAAUUGAGUACCCUUUCUGGGUGUAUGGUCAUCAAGCUGAGUAUUGUGGUCAUCCUUUGUUCAAGCUCUACUGCGAAGGCGAACAUGCCAUCAUGGAGAUCAAGUCCCGAAAAUACGAAGUCCUUAACAUCAAUCCUGAAUCUCAAAUCCUACAGAUUGUUACAAUGGAUGUAUUGCCCAAAGAGCAUAUUGUUUGUCCUCAAUCGCGGCUCAUGGAUUCAACUCCCUUCAACUAUACUCCGUAUGUUGAAAUGGUGGCUGUGACUCUGACUUACAGUUGUACCUCCAUUGGUUAUCAUCCUGGAGCUUACCGCUUCUCUUGCACGAUGAAUAACCGUCUUCACGAGGCUUACCUAGCAACAAACUUAUCUGUGGCAAAGGAACUUCGAAGCAGAUGCGAAACUGGUGUUAUUAUUCCUAAAUUUCCAGUUCUUGUGCCGGAGUUAGAAGGGCUGCUGAAUGGUUCAUCAAAUGAUGUGGAGGAGGUUCUGAGAGAAGGAUUUGAGGUUCAAUGGACAGCAGACAACGCAAUAUGCAAAGAAUGCGUUCGCUCUGGAGGAAGGUGUGGAUACGACACGACGUCGAACCAAUCAAGCUGCUUUUGUCGCGACAAACCUUAUCCAAAUAAAUGUUCAAAUUUCUUCCCUUCUUCCCUUGUCAUCUCCCUCUUCAUCUCCAUCCUCUCCCAUGCCUUCCCAAAAUAUGUCUGCGGAAUCGAUUUUCGCUAUGCAACCUGCAAUUCUUCAGUAGAAUGUGGUAGACUGGGAAAAAUUCACUACCCUUUCUGGGUAAACGGCUCCCAACCUCGGUAUUGUGGUCAUCCCUCGUUCGGUCUGUCCUGUCACAAAGACGAGGCCACCAUGUGGAUCUGGGCUGAACUUUUUCAUGUCAUCGACAUGGAUAAUAGGACUCAAACCCUGAAGAUUGCCAGAAUCCAUGAGCCCUCGACGGGGAAACUUUUUUGUCCGGUCUUCAACGCAAGCAUAAAGUCAACUUCCUUCAGCUAUUCUUCCGAUGUUGAAUUUAUCACUUUCUUGCACAAUUGUCCUCGGAUCGAAGGUUUAUCAUCUUAUGAGUAUCCUUGUGUGGUAGUAAACAAGAAGCAAAUCCACAGUUACUUUGUGGCAAAUACAUCUUUGGCAAAUAGAUUUAGAAGCAGAUGUGGGUAUAGUGCUCUUCUUCCUGUUCUCGGAAGUGCUGUAGAAGGCCUUAUGAAUGGUUCAUUAGAUGUGGAAAAGGCUUUGAGCAAAGGGUUUGAGGUCAAAUGGACAGCAAACGAGACACAGUGCGAAGGGUGCAUGGAGUCUGGCGGUAGGUGUGGGUAUGACCGGAAUUCGAACACACCUUCUUGUUUUUGUCGUGACCAGCCUUAUCCAGAAAGCUGUUCACGUUCAUCAAGAGUACUAUGCUCAAUCUUUAAAUCCAUUGCGAUGCUUUUUCUCCAUGAGUUCGGCCAAAUGGGUUCCAAGCUUUUUCAAUCAGUCAUCCUACACUCCCCCAUCACCACCUUCUUCUUCAUCUUCAUCGCCAUUCCUAUGUGCUUCUGCGUUGAUAACCAACAAUAUGAGGAGUGCACAAAUCGUCUGUACGAGUGCGGAGACAUGAAAGGCAUAGGGUAUCCUUUCUGGGGAGAUGGUCGACCUAAAUUCUGUGGGCAACAAGGGUUCGAGCUUAAGUGCCAGGAUGAUGAUUACCCUCUUAUAGAUAUUGGUUCUUUGGAAUUCCGAGUACUCAGUAUCAGUAAUUCCACUUAUGCUAUGAGAAUAGCCCGAGAGGAUUUCUGGGAUCAAACUUGUCCUAAAGAAUUCCAAUCCACGACUCUCAAUUACACGUUGUUUGAUUAUGCUGGUACCGAUCGAAACCUCACCUUAUUUUACGGUUGCCCCGAUGAGGUGUUGUCCCAACUCCCGGCUACCUGGAAUAUUAGUAAUAAUUUUACAUGCUCAGUUGAAGAUAUAAAUGAUACCACUGCUUUCUACGCGGAUGAAGCGUUUCUGGGGCUUGAUCAGCACCUUGCAAUCCUAAGGACUUGCAAAAUCAACGUCACGCUUCCCGUUCUAGGAGCCUCUAUUGAUGAACUCGAUGCCAAUAGGACAGGGGGCGAAGUUAGUAACGGAGAGAGACUGGAAAAGGCUUUGAAUAUGGGAUUUGAUGUGGAUUAUAGCGUAGUCACAGGGUUGUGUGUGCACUGUAAUAAGUCCGGUGGAAUAUGCGGAUCAUCCAGCACGUCUCAAUUUAGCUGCCUUUGCCGUGAUAAAUCUUAUCCAUACUCGUGUCAAAAAUCAGAGUCUGCAAACAUUUCAAAUACAAUCAUGAUGGCCGUUGUUGCAGCAGGAGUUGGGACAUUAUUCGCCAGCAUUCUUAUAAUCUUUUGCUUCAAAAGAAAAAUAUCAAAACAUAGACUAAUGUUCAUUUGGAGAAAGAGAUCUGAUGCUGAUCAAAACAUUGAAGAAUUUGUUAGGAAUUAUGGAUCUCAAGCUCCUAAGAGGUAUAGUUAUUCAAAUGUUAAGAAAAUGACUAAUUCAUUCAAGGAUAAACUAGGCCAAGGAGGCUAUGGAGGUGUUUACAAAGGAAAGUUAGGUGAUGGUCAGCUUGUCGCAGUCAAAGUCCUCAACACAUCCAAAGGAAAUGGAGAUGAAUUCAUUAAUGAAGUUGCAAGCAUUAGUCGGACUUCUCAUGUCAAUAUUGUCAGACUUUUGGGCUUUUGUUUUGAGGGUGGCAAAAAAGCUCUUAUAUAUGAAUUUAUGAGCAAUGGGUCUCUUGAAAACUUCUUAGGUAGUGAAAAUCCAUUGAAAGUCAGUAAACACUUGGGAUGGGAGAAGUUGUAUCAAAUUGCAGUUGGGAUAGCGAGAGGACUUGAGUACUUGCAUUGUGGCUGCAGAACAAAGAUAUUGCAUUUUGAUGUGAAACCACACAACAUCCUUCUAGACCAAGACUUUUCCCCCAAAAUCUCUGAUUUUGGGCUUGCUAAAUUAUGCCCACCAAAAGAGAGUAUUAUAUCAAUGUCAGCGGCUAGAGGAACUAUUGGGUAUGUUGCUCCAGAAGUGUUUUGUAGAAAUUUUGGCCAAGUCUCACACAAAUCCGACGUCUAUAGCUAUGGAAUGAUGGUUCUAGAAAUGGUUGGAGGAAGACAAAACGUCAAUGGCACAGUGGAUCACACCAGCGAGACAUAUUUUCCGCAUUGGAUUUAUAAGCAUCUUGAGCGGCAAGAAGAUCUGGGACUAGAAGGCAUUGAGAACAAAGAGGAAAAUGAAAUUACAAGGAAGAUGAUAGUAGUGGGUUUAUGGUGCAUACAAACAAAUCCAUCACACAGGCCAUGCAUGAGUAAGGUGAUUGAAAUGUUGGAAGGAAGCAUAGAAGCCUUACAGAUCCCACCAAAGCCUUUCUUAUCUUCUCCUCCAAGGUUUCUGAUAGAUUCUUCAUCCUUCAAAUCAACACUAUCACAAUAAUAUGUUCCUACAUUUAUAUGUACUCUAUUGUUUUAUCCAUCAGACAAAUUAGUACGUAAAAUUAUUCUACGUGAAGACUUCUAGAUGAUAAUCAAAUUUCAACAUUAUGCGAUUUGUUGUACUAGAAUACUAAACUUGCAGAGAGUUUAGAUAUCACCCGUUUGUCUUCCA